UUUUCUCAGAAUUGCAUGUGCCCGAAGCGUUAUCAAUAAAAACCGCUGCUCGUGUGUGCGUCUGUUCACUGUGGCUGGAAUAUUCCCAGAGUUGUUUUGUCUUUUUUACGCAGCUGACCCAUGAGAGGCGGUGGAGCUGAAGUUUCUGGACGGUGUUAGCUGAAGAUGCAGAGCUCAAAAGGUUUUCGUGUGGAUGAUUUCGUCGCGGGAUGGAUCGGCGGAGCUUCCAGUGUAGUCGUGGGCCAUCCUCUGGAUACAGUCAAGACGCGGCUGCAGGCGGGGAAAGGCUACAGAAGCCCUUUACACUGUGUCCUCAGCAUCUACAGGAAGGAGACGGUCGCGGGCUUCUUUAAGGGCAUGUCUUUCCCUCUGGCCAGCAUCACGCUCUACAACUCGGCUGUGUUUGGCUUCUUCAGCAACACUCAGAGACUCAUAAGCAAGUAUCGCUAUGGCGACGGGCGACAUCCCUGCGGCAUGUUGGACCUGACCGUGGCCAGCAUGCUGACCGGACUGAUGUCGGUGGGGCUGGGAGCCCCCGUGGAUCUGGUCAAGAUCAGACUGCAAAUGCAGACGCAGACGGUUCUAGCAGAGAACCUGCACCUUGCUGGAAACGUGUCGAGCGGCACCGACAUUCCUCUGCGCUCCGUUGACAUCCCCACCCAACGAGCCUACCGGGGCCCCCUCCACUGCAUCAGCAGCAUCUUGCACACCGAAGGCCUCCAGGGCCUGUACAGAGGAGCCGGGGCCAUGAUCCUGAGGGACGUCCCCGGAUACACGCUCUACUUCAUUCCUUACACCAUCUUCUGUAACCUGCUGAAGCCCGACCCAACGUCAACCCCUCAUCCUUGUUCCAUCUGGCUCGCAGGAGGAUUGGCAGGGUCCAUCUCCUGGGUCACUGCCACGCCAGCCGACGUGGUGAAGAGUCGAAUGCAGGCCGACGCUCAGCUGCAGAGGAAGUACAAGGGAAUUCUACACUGCAUCAUCGACAGCUACAAGACGGAGGGUGCACAGGUUUUCUUCCGUGGAAUGUCUGUGAAUGCCAUCCGAGGCUUCCCGAUGAGCGCCACCAUGUUUCUGACCUACGAACUCUCCCUGCAGUUCUUCAGGAGCCUUUAGGACAUUCUGGUGGCGACGGAAUCACACUCAGUUGUUUGGUAAAAUGUUUUAUCCCCGUGUCACCUGCUGACCUUCUCGUCAUACAAAGAUCGGUUGGUCAGUGAUGGUUUUGAAAAUUGCUUUAUGCUUUUGGGUGUUGUUUCGUUAAAUAAUGUGAAUUGGGGCUCCAAAGUCACCGUCGUGUUCCUGUUCCUUAUCAGGCUAUGGCAAGUUUAAUGUUAGACAGCAGGAAUAGUUGGGAUUUUAAACUAAACUGAGCCCAGAGACAUUUCUGCACAUCUGCCGUGGCACGUUUUACACGAGCACCUUAGCAUUUGCUGCUUUGCGGCAGUAAGUUUCAUGCUACUAGUUAGCAUAAUCUUAGAUUUGAGAAAGCAGAAUGUUGAACUGAACUUUUUUUAUUUCGUGUCAUGAGUAAAUAUUGUUCUGCAAGCACUUUUAGAUAACAGAAGCUGUGUCACACAGUUUGUGGUUAAUAAAAUGACACGAUGAUGUCAGAGUUUGCACAAAAAAAUUAACUGAUAAUCAUGUAAAUAAUUUCAGUCAGAGCAAAUGUAGCUAACUGCUAACCGGUAGGUCUAUAAGCAGAAAGCAGUAAAGUUUUGAUAGUUACCUGUUAGUUUUACUCGACUCUGUUUGUGUAGCACCGCAAAGCUAACAAGGGACAAAUGAGUGACUCUGGUGUCAACGUUCACAUUGUUUAACACGAGUCAAUUCUAUCUUUGAUGCAGAUUUACCAAAGAACUGUGUGUGUUCCUGAAAGGUUGUGUUGAGGGAUUAUAAGCUACCAUGUCAGUUUGGGAUUAGAGGAACCGUGCCUGGUCACAACAAAACGCACACAACUGCAGCUUUUUCAUGAAAGAGACUGUCAUUAUCGAGACCUGUAAAGAAGGAGGCACUUAAUAGCACUGUGUGAUUUCACAAUAUCACACAGCAGGCAUUUAUUUGGUGCACUAGAAGGCAAAAGAAGUCUAGUAAUCUAAGCAAAAUAUGGUUGAAAAGUGAGUCUGACAAUAUUUCACACUGAAAUCUGAUGAUUUAAGUGAUUUGUCACUAAUAUAUGAUGAUUUUUGUUAAUUUUGGAUCAGUGUCUGUACUUUAAAGCAUUAAUUAAUUAGAGGGGAGCUGCACUGUUACCUCAGCAAGAUGAGGAAAUGUGACAUUUACAACAUAAACAAGUCUUAAAUUUACCAUUGUUGCUUUAGACCUAUUUUUCUUUUCAGUUUAUUUACAAGCUUUUUUCUAUUUGUACAUAAUCCAACUGAUCAGACUUAAAAGAUUCAACGUAUUUAAUUAACGCAUCAACAGAAAUGGACUAUUUUUAUGGUGUUACCUGAGUUACCUGCUCUAAUCUAAAGUACUGUGUCGACCCAUCCAUUCACAGUAUUUAAUGUUGCCUUCCACUGCACAUGGACUGUACUUCCCUCCCGUGUUGUCGUCCACUUUUACGUAUCUUUGUGUGUUUCUUAUAUUAAGAAAAGUGAGUUUUACAAGUUAAUUUUAACUUCACGUUAACAAACUUUUCCCGCAGUGUAUUUACAUUAUUGCCUUUUUUCACACGUGCAGCAUAAAUGCAACAUCAUAACCGUUACUUACAGUAUUUACAGCAGAGGUGGGUGACCUGGAAUGAGACUUUUCUUUAAAAAUUAUAUCAAAACUUUACCGUUCCACGUAUUUUCUUUUUUUAAGAUACUAAACUGACACUCACUUUGCAAAAAAGAUAUUUCCUGCCUGAUACUUUUAUUUUAAAUAGCUUUAUUCUCAUGUAAAUAUGUGUAAAUAGAUGGUGGGCAGCCAGAAGUGUCUUAAUGUACAUAAAUAAAGCUUUUAAACACA